AUGUCCGAUAAUCAAGUUGCAGCACGUAAAAGAAAAAUUGCUGAAUUGUCUCGAACGAUUAGAAAGAAAUACUUAGCUUUAAAACUAGGUAGAUCUGAGUUAGAUGAAACUUUAAAUACAUUAUUCAAACCUAUAUCUGAACCACUUCAGCAUAUUGCAAAGUCAUCAAAAUCAUUAUCUCAACAUGAUAAUGUUGAAAAAAUUAUUAAUAAAGACGAACCAGUCGAAAUUAAAAAAGAAUCAUUAGACAAUUAUAAUGAUAAUUAUAAUGAUAACUAUAAUGAUAAUUAUAAUGAUAAUAAUUAUAAUGAUUAUAAAGGUAUUACUGAAGAAUCAGGAAAUGUGUACAUAGAUCAAUAUCCUGCAAUAUCUAUUCCAUUCAUAAACGAAUACAUGAAUAAAAGUAGCAAAAUAGACAAAAAAUAUGGACCCACUUAUAAUAAGACGUUAUCAAAGUGGUUGCUUGGUGGUAAAAUAAUAAACUUUGAUAAAAGAACAGGUCUUAUUGAAACAGAGGGAAAACAGAUUAUUGGUACACCGGGACUAUUUCAAUUAAUAUUUUAUAAUAAACCCGUAGGUUACAAUAAUGAUGAUUUAAAAAAUUAUAAAUCUGUUUUAGAAACAACUAAUGUUCACAGAGAUACUCGAGGACGAUUGGCACAUAGCUCAAAAUAUAAAAAUAUCAAGAUUAUAAAACCAAUGUUCUCACGUCAACGUAAUGUUGCAGGUACCGGUAUGUCUAUGCAAUAUAAUAAUUAUCCUGUGGAGUAUGUUUAUUGGGACUCACCCAAUGAACUUGCAGAUCGUUUAAAACUUUUAGUAGCCUCUCAAUCUGCCGGAAAUAAUUCCCAUGACAAUGAAAUAGUUGCUAUAAUAAAUGAACUCAGGGAAGAAUAG